CAGAGGAAAAAACUAGAGCGACGGGGCGGUCAUCGAAACAAAAUCCCCUCUCGAGUCACCCGCGCACGCGCGUGAGGCGACAUCGUUAUCCGAAACCAAUUCCGUCACGUGCCGGAAAAGAUCCCAGUUGAUCAGAGGAAGUUGACGGGGGGGCUGGCGCGCGUGCUCCUCACGUGACUUCAACGCGCAGUGUUCUGCCACGUUCCCCAAAGUUCUCAUUUUUUUUUUCUUUUGAAAUAUAUUAUUUAUCGCCUGUAUAAAUUUGACCCCCGCCUGAUUAUCUCCAAAACUAUAGCAUCUGAGAAUCAGUGAAAAGAUUCAUCUUUUCUUCUCCUCCUUCCCUUUGGUUCCUUUCCCACAAGAGGACACCACGUUACUGCGGUGUGCGGCCCCAAGAUUUUCACCUCGUUUCGCGAGCUCGAGUCAUGCAUUGGACGUUCUUGAUAUCGGAGGAUAUCGCAUUGUGAAGGGGGAGAGGAGGAAAGGAUCCGGGGCUGUCGUUGGCUUCGAGAACCGAGCUGCUUCAGAAAAGGGCGACAAGAUGAUGUCACGGUCUUAUACCAAUCUCGUAGAUUUAGCUACAGGGAAUUUCCCCGCGAUGGGAAGGGAAAAGAAGCGGUUUCCACGGGUAAUGACGGUUCCCGGGAAUAUUGCGGAGCUUGAUGAUGAUCAAGCAUAUAGCGUGACAUCUGAAAACCCCUCUUCUGUUUCUUCUGAUCGGAUGAUUAUAGUAGCUAACCAGCUUCCGCUGAAAGCAACGCGAAGGCCAGAUAACACAGGAUGGAGCUUUAGUUGGAACGAGGAUUCUUUGCUCCUGCAGCUUAAGCAUGGUUUUGCAGAUGAUAUGGAAGUUUUCUAUGUCGGUUUGUUGAAAGUCAGUGUCGAUCCAAGUGAGCAGGACGAUGUUUCUCAGACACUGUUGGAAAAAUUCAAAUGUGUCCCCACGUUUCUUCCAUCUGAUAUCUUCUCAAAAUUCUAUGAUGGCUUCUGCAAGAGGCAGUUGUGGCCACUCUUUCAUUACAUGUUGCCGUUCUCAGCAGAACACGGGGACCAUUUUGAUCGGUCUUCAUGGGAAGCCUACAUUUCUGCGAAUAAGUUGUUUGCCCAAAAAGUGGUUGAGGUGUUAAAUCCUGAUGAUGAUUACAUCUGGAUACAUGACUACCAUUUGAUGGUGCUGCCAACAUUCUUGAGAAGGCGAUUCAACCGCGUAAGAAUGGGGUUUUUCCUUCACAGCCCGUUCCCCUCGUCUGAGAUCUAUAGGACACUCCCCAUGAGGGACGAGAUACUGAAGGCCUUACUUAACUCUGAUGUGAUUGGGUUUCACACCUUCGAUUAUGCACGGCAUUUUCUUUCUUGUUGCAGUAGGAUGUUAGGUUUAGAGUACCAAUCAAAGAGAGGUUACAUAGGACUGGAGUAUUAUGGGAGGACUAUUGGGAUCAAGAUUAUGCCAGUUGGCGUUCAUAUGGGUCGUAUUGAAUCAUUGAUGAAGCAAGCAGAAGAGGAGUAUAGGGUAGAGGAGUUGAGACAGAAGUUUAAUGGGAAAACAGUUUUGCUUGGCGUUGAUGACCUGGAUAUUUUUAAAGGUGUCGACUUGAAAAUUUUGGCAAUGGAGCAGAUGCUCAAGCAACAUCCAAAGUGGAAGGGAAAGGCGGUUUUGAUCCAGAUUGUUAAUCCUGCAAGAGGGAGAGGAAUAAACAUAGAUCAAGUAAUGGCUGAAAUACAAAAAAAUUGCAGGAGGAUAAACAAGGAGUAUGGCCAACCGGGUUAUCAGCCAAUCGUCUUUAUCGAUAGGCCUGUUCUAGCGAGUGAAAGGGUUGCUUACUAUAGUAUUGCUGAGUGCGUUGUUGUCACAGCUUUAAGGGAUGGAAUGAACCUCACUCCUUAUGAGUAUGUCGCAUGUAGACAAGGACUGUCUGAUGCAGAGUCGUUUUUAAGUUUAGAAGGGCCUAAAAAGAGUAUGCUGGUAAUAUCUGAAUUUAUCGGUUGCUCUCCGUCACUCAGUGGGGCAAUUCGUGUCAAUCCAUGGAACAUUGAAGCCACUGCGGAGGCUAUGAAUGAGGCCAUUGGAGCAAAUGUUUCUGAAAAGCAGUUGCGACAUGAGAAGCAUUAUCGGUAUGUUAGUAAGCAUGAUGUGGCUUACUGGUCCCGUAGCUUUUUGCAAGACAUGGGGCGGAUAUGUGCUGAACAUUUCAGGAAAAGAUGCUGGGGAAUUGGCUUUGGCUUCGGGUUCAGAGUUGUGGCACUUGAUCCUAAUUUCAGAAAGCUUUCAAUAGCUACAAUACUGUCAGCUUACACUCGGGCAAAAGCGAGGGCCAUUUUGUUAGAUUAUGAUGGCACAGUCAAGGCACAAAGCUCUAUUAUGAAGUCGCCAAGUGAAGACGAGGUAUCAAUUUUGAAUACACUAUGUGCUGACCCUAAGAAUACAGUCUUUAUUGUAAGUGGAAGAACCAAGGAAAUCUUGAGCAAGUGGUUCUCUCCUUGUGAAAAGCUCGGUAUUGCAGCAGAACAUGGGUACUUCGUGAGGUGGUCACAGAAAGAAGAGUGGGAAGUCUGUGGACAAACCUCAGAUUUUGGGUGGAUGCUUAUAGCUGAACCUGUAAUGCAACUAUAUACGGAAGCCACCGAUGGUUCUUCAAUCGAAGCCAAAGAGAGCGCUUUGGUAUGGCAAUACCGUGAUGCAGACCCGGGAUUCGGAUCCUCUCAAGCGAAGGAAAUGUUAGACCAUCUCGAGAGUGUUCUAGCAAACGAGCCUGUGUCUGUGAAAAGUGGACAUUUCAUAGUGGAAGUCAAGCCACAGGGAGCUACUAAGGGUGCUGUAGCUGAAAAGGUAUUCACAGCUAUGGCUGAGAAUGGAAAACAGGCCGACUUUGUUUUGUGCAUUGGAGACGAUCGAUCGGACGAGGAUAUGUUUGAAAUAAUCGGCAAUGCGGUAUCGAGAGAUAUUCUUUCCUCCAACACCGCGGUGUUUGCUUGUACGGUGGGUCAAAAGCCUAGCAAAGCCAGGUAUUACUUAGAUGACACAUCUGAAGUGAGGAAUAUGCUAGAGUCUCUUGCCGAAGCUUCUGAUCCUUCGCCUACCCAAGAAGAAGAAGAGGAGGAGGAAUUGGAGAGCCCUCAUUGAGCUUUUUAGGAUCUUCGAUCGUUUUGCCACGGUUUUUCUUUUUCCUUUUGUAGCUGAUUCUUUUCCCUUGCAAGACGAAGCCAGGACAAAUAAAUUUUCUUCUUGUCCUUUGUAAGAGGAAUGCGGUGAAAAACGAAAAAAUUUGCAAGAGAUUGGACUUGGGUACUUGAA